AUGAGGACUGUUUGCCAGACCCUGAGAGAUAUCUUGGGUUCCGUUGUGCUGAAGUACCUUUCACAGGUCCGGCCCGAAUCUGGAAACGUACUGAAUGAACGGGACCCAAGACUCGCAGCGGCAGGGAUAAAGGCCAUGCCCAGUCAGCUUCAUCCUAGCUCUGCUGAAUACUCGUUUGAUGGAAUAUUUUUAGAAUUUAGUGAAAUUCAUAGACAUCUAGGAGUUACUUUGAAAGCCAAAGGUCGUUGUAGAGGAGGCGACCUUUGUUAUGACAGUAUAGAAGAGAAAUACAACUACUGUAGUGGCUACUGCUGUGGAAAAGGAGACGAAUGCUGUACGAAAGACGUUGGAGGAUUAGUGGGCGUGGCCAUUGCAAUAACCGUCGGAAUCAUUGCUAUAAUAGUAUUUUCUGUCUGUAUAUGUUGCAUGUUCGCAAAAACGUCACGUGAUUCAGCUAGAAUGCGAACAUCAGCAAUCCACCCCAGAAACCUUGACGAUAGUUUCAAGCAUACAACUUCCGUUUCUUAUACUACAACCACUACAUCAUGUCCUAGCUGCCAAAACCGGUACCAAAAUGGAGUGUUCACCUACACAUUACCGGCGAGCUUCCAUUUAACCCGUGAAUGCCCUUCUUUGUCUUUGUCUCCGAUCUCACCUCCUCCUCCCAUGUCUCCAAUUUACCCUCCCCCGUACGAUGAGAGGUCCGAGUCACCACCAAAGUAUUUAAGUGAUUAAUAAAAUUCUUUGUGAAACUGUGGAAAGGAACGGAUAACGCAAUCAACGACAAUCAUCGGAGUGUGA